AUGGGAAACCUGGUGGGCAGCUGGCGUUUCAAGGAGCCGAGCACCGUUGAGGAAUGCGACUCGACGUGGGGAUCGGACUCGGAGAGCGAUGAGCCGACGGCUGAAGACGACAGCGGCAUUUCCGACUCCGUCAGCCCGGCGGAGAGCGAGCGAGCCGCGGGACACAGCGGGGACGCUGCCCUGCAGCUGACUGACUCCCCAGAGUCUGCUCCGAAGAUGAAGAGGAGUUUUUACGCCGCCAGGGAUCUCUACAAAUACCGUCACAGCUACCCGAACUUUAGAAAGUCCCGGCAGCCCAACGAAUAUCGAAAUCUGCGCUUCUACAUGAACAAGAUCCCCCUGGUGCCCGAUGGUAUUUACAUCGAGGAGAUUCUUUCAAAGUGGAGAGGCGACUACGACAAACUGGAGCACAAUCACACCUACAUUCAGUGGCUGUUCCCAUUAAGAGAACAAGGGCUCAACUUCUACGCACAUGAACUGACUCAGGAGGAGAUCAAAGAAUUCCAAAGCACUCGGGAAGCAAAGCGGAGGUUCCUGGCGGCCUAUUCCAUGAUGCUGGAUUUUUAUGGCGUCAAACUGCUAGAUAAAAGCGGCAACGUCGCUCGGGCCCCCAACUGGCAGGAACGCUUCCAGCACCUUAAUGAAUCCCACCACAACUACCUGAGGAUCACCCGCAUCCUGAAGUCCCUCGGUGAGCUCGGCUACGAGGCGUUCAAGGCCCCGCUGGUUCGCCUCUUCCUGGAGGAGUCGCUGUGCAGCGGCACGCUUCCCAACAUGCAGCACAGCGUGCUGGAGUACUUCGUCUACACCAUCCGCCUGCCGGCCACGCGGCGACGCCUGCUUCGGUUCGCUCGCAAGCACUACAGGCCCGCCCACGCCUUCCUCUGGGGGCCGCCAUCUAAGAAGGGAGCCUGCAGCGGCGGUGGCGUUGGCGGUGGGAGCAGCGGGAUCAGAGCUCCUGCUCCCACACCGGAGCACCACAGGAGGGGGGAGGAGAACACAGCAAGUAGCCGGAUCAAUGUGUCUUCCCAUGAUGCCAUAAUGUGCCAGGACCUGGUAGGUGGAGGGAUUAAGGGCUUCCCGGACCUUGGUUCUUAUGAGGCCGGGGUGCCGGGGCAGCUGAUGCUCGUUAGCGGGAGAAGAGAGAGGAGUGAUUUCAGCUAGGCUUCUUCCUUCAGAGAGGAAACUGCAAAAACUCAAAAUAUGACCUGGUUUCUAUUGAAAAUAUCAGGGGUGCAAUAAUUGCCGUUUUCUGGCCUAUCGCCGAUUACAGAUCUUUUAAAAAACUUGCUGAUUCCGAUUUUGGCUGAUAAUUUGUUUUGUCUGAAAUGUCGCAAAAUAUAGCAAGAGGGAAAGUCACAGAGUUAGUAACAGUGGGGUGACUGUUGUAAACAUGCAGACAUGACCUGGUGGGCCGGUCUGUCUGUCAAAGACGUUUAGACCUUUGCCAAGGUAGAUAAGAUCGGUGUAUAAGAUCAGCUUCACGUGUGAAAAUCAGCCGAUCAACGAUCUCCCAAAAUUAAGGAAAUCAAAACUAAUAAAUCGGCUGGCCGAUAAAUCGGUGCACCCCUAGAAAAUAUCUUAGGAAACGUGAAAUAAGACAAAACUCAACUUUUCAGCAGGAUAUAUGAGCUUGUUUUAAGUAAAUGGUAUUGAUUUAAAGGAAGGUACUUGUUCCUCUGGCAGAUCUUGCACUUAUAAAAUGGGAAAAUGUUUUAUUGUAAGUUAAAUAAUUUCCCAGUAAAAAAAAUAAUAAUAUUAACACAUAAUUGACUUAAAUCAAGCUCCUACAUCUUGCUGAAAAGCUACUUUUAAGUUAGUUUGUCAUAUUUCAACUGUACUAAGAUAUUUGCAUUAGAAACUAGGCCAAAAAUACUUGGUAAUUUUUUGUGUCUUUGCAGCGUAUAAGACACUGAAACCCAGGAAGACAUCAAUGAAACAUUUUAACUAAUAAACAUGGGAUUAGAAUCAAUUCAGGUUAAGGGCUUAGAAAUUAAUUGCAAAACAGUUUACACAUAUUUAGGAUUAUAAUGCCUUUUUAUUUUAAUUUAGCUUCUGAUUACUUUUCAAAAUCAUUCAAACCAGUAGAGACAAUAUAUUACUUUUGUCUAAAGGACUGUACUUUUAACAAAAGAAACAACGGGGGAGAUGUUUGCCUUACAUACUGAUUUACUCUGAAGCUAACAUGGGAAGGCAAACAUUGUUAAAUAGACAAAUGAACACAGAGUUUUGUUUGUGCGUCUACAUCUUGGGAAAAGACGAGCAAUACAUUGAAAACGUUUUUUAGAUUGACCUAAGAGCCUCAUUUCUGUUUAUCAAAUAAAACUGUAUCUACUCUGUAUUUUUUACUGUUUCAGCCGAAAAGGAAGGAGAAAAACGAACCUUUGGGUUGCGAUAAAAAAGAAAAUUAUUGAAAGGCUUUUGGUGGUAUACGGACAGUAGUCACACGUCUGAAAUGUGAUCCAGUCUUUGUCAGGUUCUAAAUUAAAUCUAACCUCAAGCGUAUAAACAUUUUCAGACAUAAAACGGUUUAUAAAUAAUUUGCCUCUCUGUGCUUUAUUGUCCUCCCUGGUACAGAUAUGUAAAAACCCCCUGUAUAAAUAAUUUUUUUUUAUUGCAGCAGCAUAAUAUCACACUUAAAUAUGUAAAAGAAUCUAACGUAUAUGAGUGUAUAUAUAUUAUUUUUUACAAAUUUUUUGAGAUUUCCACAUAUAAAGGUAAAUUAUGCGUCUGCUGAACUAUUUUUUCUGUUGCUUUUUCCAAAUAUUUUGGAAAAUGUUCAAGUCUUCUGGUGAGUGAGGGGAUUUUCCAGACGUCUGUCCCCUGUUUCAUGAAGUGUUUGUUGCAGGGAAAAACUCCACCUUGAUCUCGUCUGAUUAAAAUCAAACAAUUCCAGUUAAAGUCCCUGAGUAGCAAAUAGCAAAAGUUCGCAUUUGUGAUGGUAGGAGAGAAAAAUUGUCUCUAAUGGUUGUCAUGGCAACAUGAUGGCAAUAUUUUUAACGAUAAACCCAGGAUGUCGUCAGAUCUUCUUUAUCACAGUUUCGGUUGUUGCCUCUGACCGCAGAGACGGACAAGUUGAUAUUUUCUGCUCUACUUUAAUAGCAUGUUUUCUCAUCUUUCCCAUUUUGAAGAGCGGCUGAGAGAAAUGGCCCUUGGUGUUCAUUAUAUUCAUACCGGAGGGAAACACGAGGUCAUUGAUUCCUAACUGAAAAGUAAUUGGCAAGAGUAAAACAAUAGAUGAAAAUAAAAUAAUAAUGAAUAAUAAAUCAUAAUAAAAUAAAAAAAAGCUUCAGUUCCAUUCACUUACUGUGGAUGCAUGUGAAGUUUUUCCACAUCAUUAGAAUAUUUAUUUAUUUUGGUAAACAUAUAUUUUAAUACUUUUCAAACAUAAGAUAAGAACAUGCUACUAAAGUAAUGCAGAUUUUUUUUUUUUUUUGCAAAUGAAUUCAUAUUUUAUUGCUUUUGAAAAUGAAAACAUGCUACUAAGAAGAUUUGAUGAGGCGCCAAGUUGAAUUUUUGUGCUCCUGCAAUAAAAAUUUAAUAAUUUAAACAUUUUUUACACAUCUCCAGCAAUGGUGAGGUUUAGUGUAGGAGGAUUUAUUUGUUCAUUUGUGACUGAAAACAAAUUAUCAGCGCCGCCGCCACAGGAUGUAUUGUCGUCUGUAAGCCUUUUGUUCUUAAAUCAAAAACAAAAAUACAGUAAAAAUGGAUUUUGACUGAAGUUAUUGUGACUGAAAUGUGUAUGUUUGAUGUUUUUGACAAUCUGUCUUCCUGAGUCGAUACACUGUAGGUUUCUCUGAUCUGCUGCACAUAAUAAACACAACACCUGGUCAACUUGUGCCAUAAUUUACCUUAAUGUGAAAACGUGAACUCCAACCUCAUGCGUAGGUUUUUGACCAUGUUUUUUAGCCUGUGAAUUUGACUUUAAACCACUCUUUAGGGCUAAGUUUGAUGCUCUUUUUGCUCAAAUAAAUAUGAAUUUUAAUUUAAAAUAAUAAUUUUGCACAAAUAUUGUAAUAAUUUAAGGACGUAGUGUGUAGUGUCAUAGAGGGAAAUGUUGAAGUUGUUUAUCUUGGAGGCAGGUUUAGUGUAAUUAAUUCAAUAUUCUCUGCUUGCAAUAGAUAGAAAUCUGUGAAAUUAAAAGCCAUGCAAGCGUUAAGCAGUUCUUCCUGACUUAAUCAGAUUUUCUUCCUGCUGACAAGGUUUCAACAUCACUCUUCAGCCAAGUGUAUCUGAUAUAAUUGUAAAAGUACCUUUUCAGGUAGAUUGUAUGAUAACAUGGACUCAAGUAUGUUGACUUUUUGUGAAAUUAAUAUGUAAACAUACAGUAUUGUGUGUGUGUGUGCAGGUAUCUCUAAUAUUCUUAAGUGCCUCUUUUGUAUGUUUUAUUUAUACCUGUAUGCUGAGCGUAGUGUCUACACCGACUUCUUGUACAUUGUGAUUUUUGUACAGCAUUUUGAUAUUUAAGUUAUUGUUUGCUUUGUAAUCAUAUAUUCUAUGGGUAAUAAUGUACAGCAGGAAUAAACCUAUUAGGAAGAAUCACUAUAGAGGACAAGUUAUUCCAAAUAUUUGUAUCUGGCUUCUGCAAUAAAACGUGAUUGUUCUACAGAAUA